AUGGAGAGGCAUAGAGCUAUUAUGGGCUCCGAUGAGGGUGGUGGUGGUGGUGGUGGUGGGGCGGCGUCGUGUGUUUUUCUUGAAGAUGAUGACGUGGCGAAUACGCUUGCGAAUACGUUACUGCUCGAGCUCCCGUUAGUGCUGGAAGUGCUGCUGCAGCUUGCUGUUAAGUUUGUCAAUGGAGGUGUCUCCUCUAAGAAAAGAAAAGGAGAAACAAAGAGAGACAAAACCCAUUAUAUUGUAACUGCAAGAAUCCAAGUUUUAGUCAAAAUACCAGAAUUAUUAUCACGUAAAGAAGAUGGCACCACAUCAGUUGGAAGAACUGCAGGUGGUGGAGCUUGUGGUGGUGAUGGUGGUGGUAGUGGUGAUGGUGGCGGUGGUGGUGCAGCGGAUGCUGGUGGCGGUGAUGGUGGUGGCGGUGGUGGUGCAGCGGAUGCUGGUGGCGGUGAUGGUGGUGGUGCAACAGCCGCUAGUGCCGGUGAUGACGGUACAUCAGCAUUAGGAGCAGCUGCAUUUGCCGACUCUGGUUUUGCAUUUUCCUCCGCUAACACAUCACAAUAA